CGAUUUUCUGUUGGUGGUUUUCGCAGGGGGUUGACCGCUUUCGGGCGGCGAAAGGUGUCACGCACUGGUCAUCGCUUGAUCGUCAAGAAGCGUACUCCUGAAGCUCGUCGAUGAGAAGAUUCUGAUAUAUUAAACGCGCGGUGCUGCCAACAAACUUCCCACCUCAAUUCACUGCGUCAACUGUUUUUCCCCUUCCAGGCUUUCCGAGUCCUUUGACUCUUCCACUGGACAUCAUACACAUAUAGGAUCAUUGUUCAGACACCUCUGUUGCACCUCUUGGUCAAGAUGAAUCGAAAUGUUUCCUUCAAAGGAGACCAGCAUGAGUAUGAACGACAGCCUGAAAAUGGCCAGCAAUCUGGAAACGGACAGCAGUCGGAGCGACCCAAUAUGCAAAACCAACGUACCGCGAGUACAAUGAGAUCUAGGAAAACCCAGAAGCGACCGGACAUGCGAAACCACCACACUGCUAGCACAAUAAGACCCACAAUGAGUCGCAUGGCUACUCAAGUGAGCCGAAUGGCUACCAAUGCCACUGGAGGAACCGCAGAGCAAGGUGGCUACUCUUUAGCUGGCUCACAACCGAAAGGGAGCAGUCAAGGUGGUCCCAACAGAGAUACAUACGUUGCAGAAGGCUACCGUGAUCUCAAUCCUCAAUAUGAGAAAAAGCAGAAUCAACCGACAUUCAGCUUGGGUUCUAAUCUGCCGCGCACCGUUCGUGGCUGGCAAGGCAAAAAGAUGAACGAGCAGCGAAACUCUUCGGGAACGGCACCUGGUGUACAACCCGGUGAAAAAGGAGAGGGAGAAGCUGCGCCUCAACUUCAGGAUACCGAUGAACGCAAAAAACACCGUGGAGGCUCUAAACAAGACCCGGAACCUUCUCAGGACGAAAAACAUCAGAAUCAUGGAUCUACUCAGAGUAAUCGGUCUGGAGGCAUGAUGAUGCAAGAAGCUAGUGCCGAGGCUGGCGACGGUGAGAACACUGGAGUUCUCGGUGAUCAAGCCGUGUACUCUCCAGGAAACGACAGUGAUGACUCUACAGUCGUGCCGGAAGACGAAGAGGUUCUUGACGAAAAUGCGCCAUUCAACUCGUGGGCCUUAGUCCGUGCCAGAUUCCAGGACGCCUUUGGUGAAUGGCUAGGAACAACAAUAUUUGUUCUCAUCGGUGUCAGCAGUAAUCUUGCUGUCGUCACCGGAGAAUCUCAACAUCCAGGUAUCUAUCAAAACAUGUAUUGGGGAUGGGGACUGGCGGUCAUGUUGGGCAUUUAUAUCUCGGGUGGAAGCUCAGGUGCUCAUCUUAACCCAGCCGUCUCUAUUCCCUUGUGGGUCUACAGAGGAUUUCCUGCACGAAAACUCCCUGUCUUCAUCAUCUUCCAAAUCCUCGGCGCCUUCACUGGUGGUCUUAUUGCCAUAGCCAUCUAUCGCGAUGCUAUCAUCUACAACGAGGGUGGGCUUAUCGCCGCGUCAAGCGGUGUCUCCAUCUACACCCAACCCAAGGACUGGGUAUCACCAGCAACAGCCUUCUUUACCGAAUUCACUGGAACCGCAAUUCUUAUCUGCUCUAUCCUGGCACUCGGUGACGACUCCAACUCGCCUCCUGGUGCUGGUAUGCACGCCUUCAUCAUCGGUCUCCUCGUCGUCGCCCUCGUCAUGUCCCUCGGCUCCAACACAGGCGGCUGCUUCAACCCUGUCCGCGACUUUGGGCCUCGUCUCGCCGCAAUGGCCAUGGGCUACGGCAGCGAAGUGUUUACCGCAUACCACAACUGGUGGAUCUGGGGUGCCUGGGGCGCCACUAUCUCUGGAGGUCUUACUGGCGGCGUCCUCUACGACACUUGUAUCUUCAAGGGCGGUGAAAGCCCUGUGAACUAUACACCUAAGAAAUGGGCUGGCAAGACGAAUGAGGGCAAAUUGGGUGUUUUGCAGUUGUUCCGUCAACAAACGAGAGCGAAGAAUUUGGAGACUGCGAUGGAGAAGGGUGAGGUUGAGAAUGGAGGUUCUUGAACUGCUUCGAGGCUUGGAAACAAUAGUCUUGGUGCGAAAGGUGUGGAGAGUGAUCGAGAGAAGGGGAUUGAAGGUCGGGUUGAGAUACACCCAACUUCCCUUCUUUCUCUCGUGUUCCGCUUCUUUGAGUUUAAGGAUGUUUUGAUGAAGUUUUACCACGCUCAAACGAGAAACAUGACCUGCUGCGAUCUAUUUUUCUGCGAGGAGUUUCUCUUUUACAUCUUAUCUAUUUUGGUUUUUGGGAUUUACGCUUUCUUACUGAAUUUUACACAUUUGUUCUAGACGUUGAAUAGGCAGAGUCGAGGAAGACAUAAGAGUAAGACGUAGAGCAUAGAAUGACCCAUAUACAUAUAGAGGAUUUUCUUC